CUGUACGUCUGCGACGAGCCGACCGUCGGCCUGCACCCCCACGACGACCAGCGGCUGAUCAACACGCUGACCCGGCUGCGCGACAUGGGCAACACGGUGCUCGUCGUGGAGCACGACGAGGCGAUGAUGCGCUCCGCCGAUUUCAUCGCUGACCUUGGCCCCCGUGCCGGUGAGCACGGCGGUCAGGUUGUUGCAGUGGGAACGGUGGAGGACAUCGAGAACUCCCCCGACUCGCUCACCGGCCAGUACCUCAGCGGGCGCAAGCAGGUGCCCACCCCCGAACAGCGGCGCGAGGGCAACGGCCUCUCCCUGACCGUCACCGGCGCCCGCGAGAACAACCUGCAGGGUAUAGACGUGGAGUUCCCGCUGGGCCGGCUGGUGUGCAUCACCGGCGUUUCCGGCUCCGGCAAGAGCAGCCUGGUCUACGAGAUCCUGUACAAGAAACUGAACCAGCGCAUCAACAACGGCCGCGACCUGCCCGGCAAGCACGACGACCUCGUCGGCAUCGAGGGCGUGGACAAGGUGGUCAAGAUCGACCAGUCCCCCAUCGGCCGCACUCCGCGCAGCAACCCGGCCACCUACACCGGCGCCUUCACCCCCAUCCGCGAGCUGUUCGCCAACCUGCCGGAGUCGAGGGUGCGCGGCUACAAGCCGGGGCGGUUCUCGUUCAACGUCAAGGGUGGACGCUGCGAGGCCUGCCAGGGCGAGGGCUACAACCAGAUCGAGAUGCAGUUCCUGCCCCGACGUCACCGUCCCCUGCGAGAUCUGCCACGGCCUCCGCUACAACCGCGAGGCGCUGGAAGUGACCAUGCGCGGCAAGCACAUCGCCGACGUGCUGAACAUGACGGUGGAUACCGCGUUCGAGUUCUUCAUCAACUUCCCGCGCAUCGCCCCAAGCUGGAGACCCUGCGCGACGUGGGCCUCGGCUACAUCCGCCUCGGCCAGCCCGCCACCACGCUGUCGGGAGGAGAGGCCCAGCGCGUCAAGCUGGCCACCGAGCUGUCCAAGCGGGCCACCGGCAAGACGGUCUACCUGCUGGACGAGCCGACCACCGGCCUGUCCUUCGAGGACUGCGCCGCCCUGCUGGGCGUGCUGCACCGCCUGGUGGACGGUGGCAAUACGGUGAUCCUGAUCGAGCACAACAUCGACGUGAUGAAGAACGCCGACUGGCUGAUCGACCUCGGCCCCGGCGCCGGAGACAAGGGCGGCGAGCUCAUCGCCACCGGCACCCCCGAGGAACUGGCCGAGCACCCCAGCAGCGUCACCGCCCCCUACCUAAAGGCCGCGCUGCAACAGAACCGCACCAACGCUGCACAGCACCCACCGGUCGAGGCAGAGGAGCUGGCGUCAGUCGUCUAA